AGCUAGUACUUGUCAGAUGUAUUGAUUCGUCAGCCCAAUGUUGGCUGGUUUUACUUUCGGAGCACAGUGUCAAUGUCGAAGUGCGCGGUCUGUGGCGAGAGUGCUGUGUCAGUGUGCUCUGUCUGUCAUGUGGAGAAGUACUGUAGCACAGAGUGCCAGCGCGGUCACUGGAAGGUGCACAAGAAGACCUGCAAGACUCAAGGCCGUGCGGAGGACGGCAAGCAUGGUGCAUUAGCAGAUGGCGAAUGGCUGCUGUGCGGCAAUUACUUCCGGCAGCAGUUGCAAAGAGAAGCCAGCCUGAGGCCAAAAGUGUUGGUCAAGCCGAUAGUGGGCCUGCAGAAUGAGGGCAACACGUGUUACCUGAACGCCAUUUUGCAGUGUCUUGUACAUACACCGUUACUUUAUCAGUCUCUGUGCGAGCUGCCAUCGCAGUACCUUAAGAAAGAGGACGGAAGACGAUGGCUCGCCGAAUUCCGGCAGCUCUACGAGGGCAUGUGUGAGGCGGAAGACAGGGGCAGACCAGCCACUUCCUCGAACAUCGCGGAGCUCAUUACCGCGAACAAGGAGUUCUCUCGGGGCCAACAGGCGGACGCCCACGAGGCGUUCAUGUUCAUCAUCUCCAGGCUGUUGGACGCGUGCCUCGUGGUGGGCGACGGCAACGGCGCCUCCCCGGCGGGCGCCAGCUACGCCGUGCGGGAGAGUCGAAGCGGUCGACGGGAGAGCCUGGAGCGCAGCAGCUUGAUUGGUCACGUCUUUGGUAUGGACCUCGGGCAAAGAGUGCGAUGCAAGAGCUGCAGCUAUAGCUCCAUCAAGUCACAGGUGGAGUACUGCCUCUGCCUCAGUUGCAGCCUCGGCUCCGACGAGCCGGUGAGGCCCGGACUCGGGUCCUACGGGUCCUACGGGUCCUACAGCUCCUACGGCAGCAACGGGACCUAUGGGCGCUAUAGCACCAACCGGUACGAAAGCGAGCCAUCCCCGACCACAUUGCAGGAGGUGCUCCAUGCCUACGCCAGGGUGGAGGAGAUCGAGGGCUACGAGUGUGAGAAGUGCCACCGGAGGAUAGGUUGCAAGCGCAGCGCCCACAUCAAGAACAAGCCCAACGUUCUGGUGGUCUAUAUCGACCGGCGCCAGGACUCGAGCCGCUUCGGCAAGAUCAACCGCUUCGUGGAGUUCCCGGAGCGGCUGGAGCUGUCGAGCCUCUUGGAGGCGCCCAGGGGCGGGUACCAGCUCUACGGCGUGGUGGUGCAUAAGGACGUGAACCGCUCGACGUUCUUCGGGCACUACAUCGCUUAUGUCAAGACCGCUGCCAACCGGUGGUACGUGAUGGACGACGCUAGCGUCUACCCGGUCCCUUGGGCAACCGUCCAGGAGCAACGUGCCAGCCUCCUGUUCUACGCCGCGGACAAGGUGGAGCUGCCACCAGCGGAGCCGAAGAGGACGCCGAGCCCGGAGGCCGCGCGGUUGCCGGCCAAAGACGAGAGACCGUCUCCGGCGCCGGCCAGACCCGCGUCUCCGGUUUUCGAGAGGCUGGCGCCGGCAGCGUCUCCAUCGCCAACUCCCCAGUCUCCAAUUUUCGGGAGGCUGGCAGCGGAGGCGGCGGCGGAACCGUCACCAACUCCAGCCCAGUCUCCAGUCUUCGAGAGGCCGGCUUCACCACCAGCCCCUCCAGCCGAGAGGCCGAAGGAGCAGCAGGUCGUCGUGACGGGCGGCGGCUUCUUCGAUUUCGAGGAUCUCGAGGAGAAAGAGGAGGAGCUGAGGAUGGGGCGACAGUACUCUCCUGUAAAUUAGCAGCGCGAAAUCAGAUCCGAUUGGCCGCUUUCAGCAGUGGUUCUAUCUGGUUUCAUGGGAUCUGUAGGAG